AUGACACGCCCCAAAUUCAGGCCCUGUACAUCUUGCCAGACUCCCAAUCAGGCAAGCAGAAGAACCUGCUGUGUCUGCUUCCGAAGUCUGUCCACCAAAAAGAAGCUAAAAGAAAAAGUAGAAUCAUUGGAUAGCCAGUGGGGGCAAGCUGUCUUGAAAAAUAGAAAUGUUGGCCGGAUAAUUGAUUCUGCCCGCAUUGCAGUGCGGAAACUUGAGGCUAUAGGCUACAAGCCCAUUCUAUUUAUUGGCAAAAAAGACAAUGUUUCACAUAAGUGGGUAGCAGAUGUUAUUACUCAUUUGGACCCCACUUCUACUACAAGAAAUUUCCUGGAGAAGAUGCAGAGGGCAUAUGAAUUUAUACUGUCUAAGGGAACAUCCACACCAGUGCAACCCAAUACCCCCACAGAACAGCAGGUUGUGCAGUCCAAGAAUGCCACCAAGGAGCAUUUUGCCGACAAACAGACCCACAUCAAAGAGCACACCGAGAUCCCCAGUGAAGAACAGGCAGAGACCCUGAUCAACAGGCAAGCAGAGAGCCUCGCCAAGGAGCAGCCAGAGAUGACCACCCAGGAACAUCAAGCUUCUAGGCUCCUCGAGGAGCAGCCAAAGAGCCUGUCAGACGAGCAGACAGAGACUGUUUUUGUUCUCAAUCUUGUUCCUGUAUCUCCUUCUUCUGUUCCAUGCUCCCAGUCUUUUCCAACAAAGAAGAGAGCUAGAAGCAACUCACAAGCAACCUCUCCCACCUCUCCACCAACUUUUAAACCCACAGACCAGCCAUCUCUGCAGUCUCUUCAUCCCCCUGCUAGCCACGCAAUCUCCCAGUCCUCAAGUCUGGAUGGCCAACAUGAAAAUAAGAAGCGAAAGAGCUGUCGAAGAUGUAGUAGGCAGAAGGUGUUCCAGUUUGAAGAAGUCACUGAGAGCAGGAUAAAUGAGGGGAACGCAGAAGUAAAAGUGCGUUGGUUGCCUUGCUCUGUUUGUGGGAAAAUCUGGGACGACACGUGGGAGCCGGCCAGUGAAUUUCAACACCACUUUGCCAUGCCAGAUGUGCCACCUCCUUCAGCCACUGAGGAAGUAUUUUUAUGAUGUUGUGAUGUUUGUUUUUCCAUGUUACAACCAAGUAACAUAUAAUGUCGGAAAACUGCAGUUUGGUACUGUC